UCCGAGAGAAGAAGAAUGGGACUGCACAGUGUCGAGGAGCUGGUGACCGGUAAGAGGUCAGAGGGCAAAGAGUCGGAUGACUUCAAAGGGGGCGUGUACGAGGCGGCUGUCAAUCAGGAGAAACGCGAUGACCGCAGGUCCCGCGGAGACCUGGGAGUGGGCGGAGCUCUGCCAGAGGAGAGCGACAGCGGCAGCGAGCAGGAGGAAGUCAGCGUGGCCGCUCUCAAUACGGAUAACAGCGGCCGGCUGAAGCUGGAGACGGUGGACGACCUGUUCAACAUCCUGCAGCUGAGGAAGAGGAGGAGAGAGAGGAAGACGCCCGUCCACAAGAGGCAGCAGCAGCCGGAGCCUGUGCCAGAAACUGUGGACGAGGAGUCGUUCCUGACAGCGGCCAUGGAGAACAAGCUUCCUGUGGUGGAGAAGUACCUGAGUGACGGAGGAAACCCCGACGUAGCCGACCACUUCCAGAGAACAGCUCUGCACAAAGCCUCGUUCAAAGGUCACAUGGAGGUCAUGAGAAGACUCCUGCAGGCCGGAGCUGCCAUCGAGAAAAAAGACAAGCUGGAGGCCACAGCCGUCCACUGGGCCUGCAGAGGAGGCAGCCUGCCGGCCCUGCAGCUCCUGCUGGACCAGGGGGCCAAGUUCACCUCCAGAGACAAGCUGCACAGCACUCCUCUCCACGUCGCCGUGAGGACGGGACACUGCGAGUGCGCCGAGCAUCUCAUUCACUGCGGAGCGGACGUCAACGCCAAAGACAGAGACGGAGACACGCCCAUGCACGACGCCGUGAGAAUAAACAGAUUCAAGAUGAUCAAACUGCUGAUGAUGUACGGAGCCAGUCUCAACACCAAGAACAGUGAUGGAAAAACUCCACUGCAGACUCUGUAUUCAUGGCAGAGCGGAGCGAAGAGCCUCCUGUGCAACUUCAACGAGGAGAAGACCGACCAGUAA